GCGUGGGCCGCAGCGAGUUUUCACGGCGCGUUCGUCCAUUACGCUCAGUCCUUUAAGUUGACCGAGGCGGCCCUUCAGAUGCCCGUCGUGUCGGCGAUGGCCUGACUUGGCGACCGUGCAGUGCUUCGGGGUGCAGUUGACGGACUUUGGCGGAAUUCCUUCACGGUCCUGCUGGGCACAGAACGGCUUCACUGGCAAGACGACCCGAGCGACCGCAAGCUGCCAUGGCACACCUGAGCCCAUUCACAGAGUCCCCGGAGGACGUGGAGACGGACGACUGCCUGCCCAGCUACUCGUACCUGUACAGCCCGGACCUGCUCAGGGGUCAGGUGGCCUUCAUCACCGGAGGAGGGUCUGGCAUUGGCUUCCGGAUUGCAGAGAUCUUCAUGCGGCACGGCUGUGACACGGUGAUCGCCAGCAGGAACACGGAGCGGCUGUCACAGGCUGCCACAAAGCUGCGUGCCACCACAGGACGCCACUGCCUGCCACUCCAGCUGGACGUGCGCCAGCCCCAGACGAUCGAGACCGCUGUGGAUGAGGCACUCCGGGAGUUUGGGCGCAUCGACGUCCUCGUCAACAAUGCUGCGGGAAAUUUCUUGUGCCCUGCGAGCGAAUUGUCCUUCAACGCCUUCCGCACCGUCAUGGAGAUCGACACGAUGGGCACCUUUAACACCAGCAAGGUGGUCUUUGAGAAGUACCUGAAGGACCACGGCGGAGCAGUCGUCAACAUCACUGCCACUCUGAGCUACAGGGGUCAGGCACUGCAGGUGCAUGCGGGCGCUGCCAAGGCCGCAGUAGAUGCAAUGACGAGACACCUGGCAGUCGAGUGGGGACCAAACAAUGUGCGUGUCAACAGUCUUGCCCCUGGGAUCGUGUCGGGCACCGAAGGAUACCGCCGCCUGGGUGGCUCGUCGGCCGAGGCGAGUGGACUUGUCCACACCAUCCCAGUAAGGCGGACUGGCACCAAGACGGACGUGGCACACGGUGUGCUUUACCUGGCCAGCCGCGCUGCUGCUUAUGUGACCGGGGCCUGUCUGGUCGUGGACGGCGGCAGCUGGCUUACCUCGGGCAACAGCGUCUCGGCAAUGCUGGGUAUUGCGCCCCCCAGAUCUGCCAACCUCUGAGCCUGGCGUCAGGAGCAGUGGAGCCCACCUGGUCAUCAGUUAGCCCUGCUGGUGCAGCUCGUCACUUUCAUGUUUUCCUACACUAAAUCGUCUUUCCCUACUGGAGUGAGGUGGCAUGCAUACCAAGAUGUGCCCCUCGAGGUCUGCCUGAUGCCCAAAGGGGUGCCGCAGGGGGGGUUCGUGCAGUGGCCUCCCUGAUUGCAGGCGGAGUCUGUGGCACCGUAAGGAUGACAUGGCCAAGUCUGACCUCCUGCCAUCAGAUUGUGUGGUGCCCCAACUUGAUUGGCAAAGAAGCCUGCCAGGCCUUAGCUGUGGGUUAUCUGCUCUAUGCCAGCCUUUAGGGUAACCUGGUGCCAAUUCCUUAUGUUGCUUUACCCGCCCCUGUUCAAUUUUUAAUCUUCAUAAAGUUUUUCUUUUGUUUGU